GCGCCGGCCGAGCCAGAGUCAACCACGCCCGCACAACGCGAAAACACCGCGUUUCCCCCACCAUUUCCGCCCGAAAUCAACCGGGCCAAAAAAAAAAAAAAAACAGCACACCGCCGACGAGAUGCGCCUCCACCUCGCCCUCCUCGCCGCGCUCCUCACCCUCGCCGCCGCCGCCCAGCCGCCAUUCCGCGGCUACUACUACCUGCUCGACUGCGGCGCCGCGGCGUCCACCACCGACAGCCGCGGCCUCGAGUGGCUCCCCGAUGGCGGCUACGUCACCGGCGGCGAGCCCCACCAGCUCCCCGACCAGGGCCUCCUCGACCCGGCGCUCGCCACCCGCCGUGACUUCCCGCACGAGCCCGGGAAGAAGUUCUGCUACGAGCUCCCCGUCGACCGCAACCGCCGCUACCUGCUCCGCCCCACCUUCUUCUACGGGGCCUCCUCGCCGCCGCCGCCCGUCUUCGACCUCAUCGUGGACGGCACCUUCUGGACCGCCGUCAACACCACCGACGACGUCCUCGCCGGCAGCGCCUCCUACUACGAGGCCGUCUUCGGCGCGAGCGGCAGGAACAUGAGUUUCUGCCUCGGCGUGAACCCGGACUACACCAGCGCUGGCCCUUUCAUCAACGCGCUGCAGGUGAUCCAGCUUCACGAUUCGGUGUACAACGCCACGAACUUCACUACCAGCGCCAUGGGGCUCAUUGCGCGUACCAAGUUUGGCUCCACCGACGGUGUUGAGAGGUACCCUAAUGACACCUUCAAUCGGUAUUGGCAGCCAUUCCCAGACAGUAAACAUGCAGUCAGUAGUACCCACAAUGUCACAUCGGCUGAUUUUUGGAAUCUUCCACCUCCUGGGGUGUUUAAUACAGCUUUGGUGGCAGAACAAGAUGCACCCUUGGUGCUGCAAUGGCCUCCAAUACCUCUCCAGAAUGAUAGCUAUUAUGUUGCUCUUUAUUUUGCUGAUACAGUCUCUGAGAGUUCAAGGACCUUUAAUGUAUAUAUAAAUGAUUACAGCUUCUAUGAAGGCCUAACAGUAACAUCAGCUGGUCUUUCUGUCUUUGCAACACAAUGGAUUCUCUCAGGCUUGACCAGAGUUAUUUUGGCUCCUAUUUCUGGCCUUCCUCCACUUAUCAAUGCUGGUGAAGUCUUUGGACUUUUCCCACUAGGAGGAUACACAUUUCCUCGGGAUGCACAUGCCCUGGAAGCUAUUAAGAGAAGCCUUCAAAAUAUACCUGAUGAUUGGAAUGGAGAUCCAUGUAUGCCUCAUGGAUAUGCUUGGACUGGAGUUACAUGUGAUAAAGGCCAAAUACCACGUGUCAUCUCACUGAACUUUUCAAGUAUGGGCCUCUCUGGAUAUCUUUCAUCUGAUAUUGCAAGGCUCACCGCUCUGACUGAUAUAUCUUUUGCAAACAAUAGCUUGUCUGGACCUAUUCCAAAUCUCAGCAACCUGAGGAAUCUCACAAGACUGCACCUGCAGGACAACAAAUUAAAUGGAACAGUACCGCAGACACUGGGGAUAAUCACAUCUUUGCGUGAACUAUUCUUGCAGAACAAUGAACUGGAUGGAGCAGUUCCACUGAACUUGCUGUUGAAUCAAGGUUUGACUUACCAGUUUCUUCCGGGGAACAACUUUUUUCCAAGACCACCUCGCUGACAAUCAGGCAUUUUAUUUGCAACCAAUUGCUCCCAACUGUACUCAACAGAAUUCAAAACUAGGAGGACAAUUUGUCGAUUCUUUGGGUGGCUACACCAAGAUUUUGUUGCCGUUCUGUACAUGAAAGCAAGUUUACAGUGUCAGAUGAUUUGGACCUAGUCAAAGCCGUUAGCAACGGUAGUGAAUAGUAGAACUGAUUGUACAGUUUGUUGUAGGUUACAUUGUCAAUAUAUUCAGGAGGAAGGGUUGUGAUACCCAAGAAGUGUUUGAUGAUCUUUCGGGACAUUGCCCUUGAAACUAGAACCGGAUACUGUACUGUGAGGCUGUGAAAGGGGACACAAUAUAUAUGGUCUACGUCUUUUUUUUUCU